GGCUUGUGGCUUGUGGCCCACUCGAAGUUGGUCCACCCGCCAUCAUGCCGGCGGCAAUGGGGCCGGAUGGUCUGUCGCACUACCGUGACGAUGAUGAGGAUGACACCAUUCAACUCCAACCGGACGCGCCGGACUGGAGCCGCGUGGAAGAACUGAAGAACAAGCUUGGAUACCGUGAAAUCCAGUCAACGUCUUGCUGCAAGCCCAGCAACCUUCUGCUUGGCGUGCUGCAAGUGCUGCUGUUGCUGUGCAUCUUCGCAGCAGCCGUCUGGGCAAAGCUCUCCUUCCUGUCACUGGAACACAUCAUUUACAAAGCUCACAACAAAGGCACCCAUCCCGACGAUGAUGACGAUGAUGGUUUCCCGUCGGGCGACGAGAACGAGAUCAAACAGCGCGGUCGCCUCGCAUAUGCUGCCGUCUGUCUCGCCAUUGUCGUGCCCUAUGCUUGGUCGCUGGUGUGGAAGGUGUGGCGCACCCCACUCUUCAACGAUCCGCAGCACAUGUGGCCGCGCGGGGUGCAGCUUGCCUUUAUUGUCCUCACCGCCCUCUUUGAGUCAGCAGGCAUCGCCAUCUUCACCCUCCUCGUGUGCCCAUAUGUGCCGUCGCUGCUUGCACUGGGCAUGAUGUGCCUUGUCUUCUGUCUCCCGCGCGGACACGUCCUCAAGGGCCUCCUCCGCUGCUUCCGUCGCCGCCCAGCCCGCUACCAGCCGCUCAUAUAUGUGCACGGGGACCCGGAGCGCAUAAACACAUAUGCGGCUGACAUUGAUGGCGAUGAUGACGACCUGCGCCGCGGCUCACACGAGAUGGGCAGGCUCAUGUCGCUGCUGGGAUGCAUGGUUCAGUGGGUUGGCAUUGCGUCCAUCCCCAUCCUGGCAGUUAUUCUGAACGGCCACGGACACAAGCUCUUUAUUGAUGAGACGUUGACGGUUGCAAUCUGCGGCCCUGUGUCGAUUGUCCUGCUAGCUGUUGCGUGGUGGCCCGUGCUGCAUGCAAAGAUUGGCCUUCCCUCCAUCAAGCAUGAGCGCACACAGCGGAGUGCUGUGACUCAGAUGCAAAGCGAGAACACCAACGCUGGGGCUGCCAACAUCAACAUCAACAACAACGACGAGGAGGACCGGCAGUUUGGUCCAAUGCACCGCAUCAAACCAUCGAGCACGCUGCGCGGAUCUGUGCUCUCACUCCUCCUCCGCUGUAUCUUCUCUGCCAUCGCCAUCUACAUCAUCACCAUCAAGGCGUACGGCGACCUCGAAGAUGACUGUCCUGCGCACACAACGUGCGACUUUUGGCACAACAUCAAGAACAUCUCCGACAACAGCGACGUCCUCUAUGCGCUGCUCGGCCUCCUUCUCUGCAGCUUCGUUGCGUACCACGGUGCACGAUACUCCAUGAUGAUGGGUCUGCAGCUCGCCGGCUUUGGCAUCCCGCUCUCCCUCGCCCCAAUCGGCACUGGCGUGCUGGUUGUGCUGCAUUCGCUGCACGGGUUUGAGGAGCACACGCACAUGCACGUGCACGCCAAGGGCGAUUGGUGGCACUUUGCUCUCUUUGUCGUCCUCGCGUCCAUCUCAAUGUGGCUGAGCAACUGGUCCUACAUCUUCGCGCGUCGCAUCCCGCGUCUCGGCCUCGACGAGACGCUGUUCUACCAAAAUGCAUACAGCGCGGUGUUUGUGGACCACUUUGCGCUCAUCAGCCGCCGCAGCAGCAGCAGAGACGAGGCCGAAGAUGACGGCGAUGCCAAAUUCGUCCUCUCCACGGAGGAGGUGCUCAAGGAAAGCUCAAUCUACGUCUGCACCACAAUGUACAACGAGAGCGAGACGGAAAUGGAGCAGCUGCUGCGGUCUGUGAUCAACUCUGGCCUCCACCUCUCUGGCUCGUGCAACUUUGAGAGCCACAUCUUCAUGGACGGGGGUAUGCAGGCCGACAACGAGCCUGGCAACAAGGCACUGCAGCUGCUGCGCGUUCUCCACCGCACCAUCAAGUCCAUUCUCGGGAAAAAAUUCUUUGAGAAUGCGAAAGCUGAGCGUCACGCGCGCGUUGGCCGUCGCAUCAGCACGCCCUUUGGCAUGCGCGUUGAGCUCAAGCUGACGGAGAAGUUCACCAUCCACAUCCACUUGAAGGACCCACGCCGUGUGCGCAAGGGCAAGCGGUGGUCGCAGGUGAUGUACAUGGUGUAUCUCACGCGCUACGUGCUCGACUUUAAGAAGAACGGCCGGUCCGACAACGCGUAUGUGCUGGCGACUGACGCCGACAUCAACUUUACGGCGCACGAUGUGAUUGCGCUGCUGAUGAUGAUGGCACGUGAUCGUGGUGUUGGCGCCGUGUGUGGCCGCACAUAUCCUCUCGGCAACGGUCCGCUCGUGUGGUACCAGCACUUUGACUACGCUGUUGGCCAUUGGUUCCAGAAGGCAGCCGAGCAUGUGCUGGGCACGGUGCUGUGCUGCCCGGGCUGCUUCAGCCUCUUCCGCAUCGACGCUCUGCGCGAAGUUGUACUCGAGUACUCGUCGCACGUCGACCAGGCAUUCGAUUUCCUGACAAAGGACAUGGGGGAGGACCGCUGGCUGUGCACGCUGCUCGUGACACGUGGCUGGCGCCUGGAGUACUGCGCCGCCGCAAAAGACCGGACGUAUUGUCCGGACAGCCUGGAGGACUUCUUCAAGCAGCGUCGACGCUGGAUUGUCAGCACCGUGGCCAAUAUGGUGCAGAUUCUUGGCCUGGGCCGCGUGGCUGUUCGCCGAAACCCCUCCGUGUCUUACGCCUAUAUCGCAUACACCGGGCUCAUGCUCGUCUCAACCGUCGUCAGCCCUGCGACGGUGCUGCUUGUGAUGAUUGGAGGGUUCAACUACGUCCUCGGCUGGGAUCUGGUGGUGGUUGAGUCCAUCCUGUUUGCCACCACGUUCUUCUACCUCCUCGUCUGCCUCUUUGGCUCCCAGCAGUCGCAGUUCCUCCUCGCAAAGAUCUUGACGGGCGUGUUUGCGAUCAUCAUGUGUCUCGUCUUUGUCGGUCUUCUUGCGCAAAUUGCCGAUGACAUUGCAUCAGCAACACACUACAACGGCACGAGCCACGCACCACCAUCGCCACCCGGACCACCAUCCCCAGGCCCAGGUCCAGGCCCACCGACAAUGCUGGACACCAUCGCCCGCCCAAUUGCGCCCGUCAACCACACGGAUUCGUUCAACGGGAGCGACGUGGUGUCCCUGAUCAUCCACAUGGUGAACACCAGCGCCGAGACGCUGCUUGGUGGCGGCGACAGCAGCAACCGUGGCAACAAUGACGGCCACCACCAUCACCACCACAUUGGUGUUGGUUCUGGCAAGGGCAACCUCUCCAUGUCAUCGGUGUAUCUGCUGACGAUGGUUGGCAUGUUCCUCCUCGCUGGCCUUAUGCACCUCGGCGAAUUCACCGACCUUGUGCACGGCGUGUGGUACCUGCUCUGCCUGCCAACGGGAUACCUCUUCCUCCUCAUCUACGCCUGCUGCAACCUCAACGAUCGGUCGUGGGGUACGCGGACGUCUGAUCCGGACGGCGCCGGACCGGGAGGAAGCGGCGGCCAGCGCCCAACCAGCUGGUGGAAGCUGCUCCUGUUUGGUUGCGGUCUUCAGCCAAAGGAAUCCAUCAUCCAUUUUAUCGGCCGUGUCCUCUGCUGCCGCUCAUACCACCAGGUGCAAGACGUUGAUGUUGAGGAGGAGAAGAUGGCGCUUGCAAAGAGCGACUAUGUUCCGCUCACGUGGCAGCUCAUCCCUGACAUCAGCUCAACGUCCGCAACAGAAUACCACGUGAAGUGCCUUCCUGUGAGCGAAGCCAUUUCUCUCCUCCGUCAGCCAACAAAGGACCGGGAAGCGCUGGAAUCGUGUUUGCGUGAGGCCGUCCUGGCGUGCCCAACACUCAUUGACAUGGCGCGUGAGCGGUCGGCUGCGUGGCUCUCAUCGUGGAACUCGGAACUGCUUCGUCUGGAGUCGUCGUUUGUGGACACAAUUCUGCAGCAGCCCGACGCCGCCCGCGCCAUGGCCGAGGACUUCCAGCUCACCAUGGACAAGGUGACGAACGACUUCCGCGAGCUGCAGCUGACGGAUCUCGAGCGGGCGCGAUCCCACGCCGCCGGACUCGCCGCCCAGCAGAAGCUGAAGACAGUGAAGACAGUAGAGGAAUGGGUGGCUGAGCUCGGCUUUCAAGAUGAUGAGCACCUGAUUGACCGUUUGCACGAGAACGGAUACGAGAACACAAUUCUGCUCAGUUAUCUCGAGGACCGUGAUCUCCGCACAAUGGGAAUCCAUCAGCUGCCCAGCGGCGCUGUGCUGAUGACGCGCAUGAAGGCUGCAGCGAAAGCGGCAGCACGCGACCGCCCCCCGUACCAGAUGGCCGAUGGGCUCGAUCAGUGGCUGGAGGCGCUUGGGCUGGGCGAGUACUGGCCCCACUUUGAAUUCUUCAAGUACCGCCCCGGUGAUGUGCAGAACUACGAACUCAUGAAACCUUUGGACGAGCGCAGGCUCAAGGAGAUGGGAAUUGUGAAGCUCGCACAUGUGCGCCGGCUCACAGACGCUCUGCAGGUCCUCAAGAAACGCCUCCGUGACACAGACGACUACAAGCAGGCUGUGAAGAAGACGGCAGAGGAUUCCGCGAAUGUGUGGGCGGACAACGACGUGGGCGAGCUCGCAGAUACUGAACUUGCGUUUUGGACCGGCGUGAUUGAGCACAUUCUGUCGCCGUCCAACACAGGCCUCAUCAACGAGGACAGCUUGAAGGAGAAGCUCGACAGUCUCAAGAACAGAUCUGUGCUUGCGAUGGUGAUCAUCAACACGAUGUGGCUGCUGUUCAUGCUGGUUCUCAACAGUGCCGUUGCGAAACAUCUCAAGAUCCUGGGAACAAACCCGCUUGGCGUCCUCUUCAUCCUCACUUACGGCGCCCUGUUUGCGCUCCAGUUCCUGACCAUGCUCGUGCACCGCUUCGACACGUUUGUACAGUAUGUUGCCACAAUCUCCGUCAACAACUACAUUGACUCGCAGCGCAGGGGCAGCAAGUACACCCCUGCACCGCGCGAAAUGACUGCCAUGUCCUCCGCCGCCUCCCUUCCAUAGAGAUUGUAGCUCUUUCAUCACCCUGCGCGCGCGCGCGUGUGUGUGUCUGUGUGUGUCUGUGUGUGUCUGUGUGUGUGUGUCUGUGUGUGUCUGUGUGUGU